GUUAGCGUGCCUGCCAUCUCUUUCCACUCCUCCAUCCCUCCAUCCCUGCAUCUCUGCGCCGAGGAUGCCGAGAGAGACAGCGCACAGCAGCCGUGCGGAGCAGCCCCGGAGCGCUCUCAGCCUCGUUGUAGCUUAACAGGAGGCUAUGAGCGAAACAGGAAGCAGCUAAAAGCACUGAGAGCAUGAGUGGAUGGACCUGUCAUGAGCCCAGUGGAAUGCACUAAAAGCAGGUUGAGAAUAACAGCCCCUGAUGUCCGUGGAAGUGCAGCGAUUGCUUCCCCCUUAUGAAAGAUGCAAGUAUGUUUUCUUUGCUAGCGUUUGCGAAGAGUCCUACAAGUGAAAUGGUGCUGACAUGGAUGUGACAGCCAUGAGAGCAUAGAGACCCAAAUCUUAAUGAAAUAUGAGCAUGAGUGACAAGCUUGUUGGACCUGUUGGAUCUAGCUUUCAGGGAAGCCAUGGGGAGCUCAGAAAUAACAACAGGUGCGCUGAGGAUUCCUUGGAUGGAGAUACCAACGCCAAUCAGAUCCAAAGCAAAGACAGUAGAACUUUGGAGGAGUCGUCUUUUGUAGCUCACAGUGAGGAACAGGACAAAAUCAUCAUCUGGGGCACAGACUCUCAGUAUGAUGACCCAGAACUGGCAGAGUUUGAGAUGUUGGAAUGCCAAGAACUGGAGGCAUACCUCGUGGAAUCAGAGGAUAACUAUGUUAAAGAUGCAGAAGGCAUCCCAGGGAAGCUUUACACCAAUGUCACUCCAACUGAGGACCCACAAGACCCUAGUAAGAAUGAAGCCUCCCAAGCCGACACAAAGGAGCAAGAAAAUGUUUCCCAUAAGUUCAUCAGCAAAGAAGCUGAGACAUGUCUAGCUAGAGCUGAGGUCACCUCUGAUAAUGAUGUAUUUGUAUCUUGUCACUCCACAAUGUCCAGUCUUGGAGGAAGUUUUGCAAGUGCCCUAGAAAAUGCAGGUCAGACCCAAACAGCAGAGUCUUGGGCUGCACAAACAGGAACUUACAGAACUCUCUCAGAGGACCUCACCUUUGCCUCACAGUCAUGUUUGACUCUCUCAGAUAGGAGCAGGAGUUCUCUACAUGCUGACGGAACUCAUGUUGAUCUCAAUCUUAACAAUACCAUGUUACCUGAGGAACCUCUUUUAGAAGCACAAGAAAAACAGCCAGCUGAAAAUGUUUUAACAUACAAGGAAACCUCAGGUCAGCUGAAAAAUGGCAUAAAUGAAUGUAACCCAAGCAUUACAAAUGCUAAAAAUGAGCACAAUGACACAGGGCAUGCCAGCGAGGACAGUGCUGGGCACCAAGAAGAUCCUGUUGAUGAAGAACAGGCUAUAAUUAGGGAAGAAUGCAAAGAUCCAGAUGCAAAAAACAUUGCAGUGCAGCAAAAAUCUUGCCAACCAUUUGGGCCAGAGGACAACCAUUCUCUUUCCCUGACCAAGAUUCCUCGUGAUUCCAGUCAUGAACUAAAAAGUAAACCAUCCCAAAGUGAGGAAACCUUUGACAUGAACUAUAAAUCCUCUAAGCCAGGCUCAAAGGGAACACCUAGUCAGUGUGCAGUAGCUGAACCCAAACUGUACCAGAAGCAGGCAUCCUUUGAAACAACUCGCAGUUCUAGCCCAUCCAGCCUGGAAAGGCGAAAGCCGUGGUGCAGUCCAUCUGGUCCUGCUACUCCUCCAUCUCCUAAAAAUACUGGAUCCCCAAGAAGACAACUACCGUCUUCUCCAGCCAAGACAGUCAGCGCAAGAGCUACAAGCCAGGAGCCUGCUGGUUCUCCACAAAGGGGUACCAGUGGCCUGAAGCCACCAAGUAAAAGCUUUCUCAAUACUGGUAUCCCAAAACCCGUUCCCCCUCAACCACCAGCCAAAACAGAAUCUCCUCAGAAGUCUUCCCCUCCUCAAAAGCCUAAAAAGGUCCGUCCAAAAAUCAUCACCUAUGUCCGUAAGAGCCCUCAGGCAAAGCCACAUUCUGCGGAGGGUCCAUAUGAAACAUCUACUCUGCCCUCGAGGCUCACAGCAUACACUAGCUCACCAGCCACUAAAGAGCAGAAGGUUGGAGGGCCCAAAGGCUCACCGGUGCUCAGUUCCUCCAAUAUUCUAUAUGAUAAAUAUCGUCAGGAGCUGCAGAAAGGAGGAUACUAUUCCCCGCCUGGCCUGAUGGUGUCUGGAAUCAGACCUCCCAGUCACACUGUGCCUCACAAACUAGUGGGAAAGUCAGAAAGUUUUCAUGGAGAACUCCCAGACAGAUAUAUGCACGAGGUGGGCAGGGGUGUCCAGCACAGUGCACAUGAAGUAGCUGGUGUCUACCGUUCACCCAGGGCCCUCCGGCCUCAGCUGGGCCUUGGAGCUGUAACGAGGCAACCUACAACCAAGACUAGGAUGAUGAUGCCUGGCCAGAGGUCAGCUUCACCUCUUAGCCAUGCUUCUCCCACUGGCCAACUCACCUACUGCUACCCAGAUCCGACAGCAGGGGAUGUGAAGAAGCCUCUAUUAGAAGUAGCUCCCAAGUCUCUGCUUCCUAAACCGGGUCAGUCUGGCCUGCGCCCUCCUGGCUUCUCCCACCUGCCUGCUGCCCGCCUCGCUGCCUUUGGCUUUGUCCGCAGUGCCAGUGUGUCCUCCGUGUCCAGCAAUCAAUCUAAUGAGAGCACUCACAGUGACCCCUGCCGACCCACCAAUCGUCCAGGCAGUGGAAGUGAGGAGACCCUCCUGCCUCGUUCUUACUCUCCCAGUCAUAGUGGAAGCAGUAGACCACCCAGCUGCAGCAGUCCUCAGCCCCCCAGUGGCCACACUCCUACCCGCCGCUCUCUGCUGCCCCCUCCCCACGGCUCCCCUGUGUCUGCUAGAAAGGAGUUUCAGAGAGAUGGAGAAGUUACUCAUCCUCUGUCCUCCCCAAAGAGAUUUGCAGUGGUCUCACCCAAGCCUCAGUCCCCUGUGCGUCAGAAGUCAUGUGUGGGGCGUCUGGGCGGCCGAGUGGAUGGCGUGGAUGCUGAGCGGGAGCGGCUGCUGGUGCAGGGUUUGAGAGAACGCUGUGAGGAACAGGCCCGGCAGAUCACCUCCCUGCAGGACAAACUCCACAAAGCCUCGCUUUGUAUAGACGUCCUUGCCAUCACCACACAACACUUCUGCCACAAGAGCGAGAAUGCCGAGGUGAAGGAGAGGGAGCUGUCCCUGGAGCUUUCUCGGAUCAGGGAUGAAGUGGUGGUCAGUGUGGGCCGGUGGGAGCGUCUGCAGGGGGAGAAGGCUGAACUGGAGCGCAGUUUUGAGCAGGAGCUGAGGAAGCUGAAGGAGGAGCAGCAGAAGGAGCAGCAGGCUCUGCAGGAGAGACUGAGAGAGGAGCAGAGGAAGGAGACAGAGCUUCUGCAGAAACAGCAGAGCAGCCAGCUACAGCAGCUCCGCUCCCAGCACCAUCAACAGGUGGAAGAGAUGAGUGAGAGCCAUGAAGCGGCCAUGGUGGAGAUGGAGACAGCCCACAAUGCCACUCUGGCCACUCUUCAGGAGGAGCAUGCCAGGACAAUCAAAAAUCUGAAGAUGGCUCAUGAACAGCAGAAGAAAUCCCUGGAGGAAGAAUUUGAGAAGCUCAGAUUGUCGCUGCAGGAUCAGGUGGACACACUGACAUUUCAAAACCGCAGUCUGAGGGACAGAGCAAAGCGCUUUGAGGAAGCACUACGCAGGAGCACUGAUGAACAGAUUGUGGAUGCUUUGGCUCCAUAUCAGCACAUAGAGGAGGAUCUGAAGAGUCUGAAGCAGGUUCUGGAGAUGAAGAACCAACAGAUUCACCAACAGGAACUCAAGAUAUCUGAGCUAGAGAAACUGGCUCAGAAGAAUGUGCAGCUGGAGGAGCGUGUUCAGGUUCUACAGCAGCAGAAUGAGGACCUAAAGGCGAGGAUAGACCUCAAUCUAGCCAUGUCCAGGCAACUGUCUGAGGAGAACGCUAACCUGCAGGAGUACGUGGAGAAGGAGAGUAAUGAGAAGAAGCGACUGAGUCGCACCAAUGAGGAGCUGCUGUGGCGUCUGCAAACGGGCGAGUUGAGCCCAAGAAUGUCCCCCAACCAGUCACCCCUCCACCGGCCCUCUCCAGGCCCAGGCUCACCCUCGCACCCACCCUUACCCAGAUAAGCCUCUCACUCUUUCUCUUUCUCACUCUCUCUUUCUCUCUCUCUCUCUCUCUCUGUCUCUCUCUCUCUCUCACCCUAUUUACCUCUAUCUAUACCCCUCUUUCCUGGUGUAGGGGCAAACAGACACUGUUUUCUGUAUCUACAUAGACUGUAUCAGUUUGUGCUGAGCUGGGUGUAUGUAUGUACUGUACAUUGGUGCUGAUAUUCCAGGAUUUCCGUUCAGGAGGAGUAUGUCUAACACACAAGUUACAAUUUACAGAAACACAUAAGCCAUUUGUAAAUCUGUGUCUUAUAAAUUUAAAUUCCAGACUAACAAACACAAAUCUUUGCAUUUAACAGAAAAAUAUGUAUUUCCUGUAAGAAUGUACAGACGACUCUAUUGAUUUGUUUAAUUUAAAUAGCAUUCUCAUUCUCAUCCAUGUCGGCAUUACUUUUGUACAGGCAAUUCUGCCCUACGUAUGUAGUGUAUAAUAUAGUACAAACUCUCUUGUCUGUUACUGGUAUGUCCUGCAGAUCUCAUGGUGCCUGUUUCUUGACCUUUGCUUCUACUAGCAUUUGCAACUUUGCCAGGAUAAUGAGUGGAAUAGACAGGACAAACAAGAUACAGAUCACCUGUAAUAAAGGAUUAAUCUCCAUUCAGCUUCUUCAAAGGAUACACAUCCACCAGCAACCUGCUCUCUAUGCCCAGACAUUACAAUAUUAAACCCAACACAGAUCAUGGGACAAGUUUAAUAUGGACAUAUCUCUUUUCCUUUUCAAAUGAGGUAAUGGGCCCUUUCAAAUAGGCCCGGUUUCUAUAUUUUCAGGACAUUAUCCAAGAACUCAUUUGCAUUGAGGAUAUACUGUAUUGUCAUAUCUGUGGUUUCGACUUUGAAAAAUGAAAA